CGUAGGGAGAGUUCAGCAGGGAGGCUGCAGUCGCCGCGCUCCGGAACGUGCUCGGUGUGCCCCAGUCCCGUCCCCCGGGGGAAGAAGCAGCAGCAGCAGCCGGCGCGCGCGGCUCUUGCACGUCGCCUCUGCUCCUGGCACGCUUGCAAAAUCCUGGCCCGCCUCUCUGGAGGCGAGUAGCUGGGCCGUCCUUCUGCAGAAAAGAGAGUGAGAGGGGUUGGCGAGGUGGAAAGCAAGCAGGAACCUUUGUUAUUUUGCAAAGGUGUGGAUCUGCGUGGAAAGGGUUAUUGUUUUUACAACUGCUGGUACUUCCUGUGUGGCCUUCUGCCUGCCACGUGCGGAGGUUCGCGUUCAACUUCUGCUGCCGGAAGUUGACCCACAAUAGGUUCCUUCAUUUGUAAUACUGGCUACUUCAGUCCCCACACGAGCAAAGCCACUCUCCCACCAGUAUGGCGGAAGAAGACCUUAUCUUUCACAUGGAAUGCUUCGAUAACACCAAGCAAGCGAAAGCAGUCUCUGGGAAUUACCACGACACCGAUAGCGAGGAUGAAGAUAAUUACUAUAUCUGCCCGAUAACAGAUGACCCUGUAGCAAACAAGGCAGCUAAUGACAAAGUCAGCAACUAUUACACCAACUUGGUGAAAAAUGAGCUGUAUUCAUCCAGCGCUUCUCCGAGGAGUUCUUUUAACAUCAAGAAUGGCACUCAGCAGCAUUCUAAGCAUGGCUCUGCCGUUGACCAUAGCCGGCAAGCCUGGAAGCAUGCCAUUGAGAAAGCCAAGCACAUGCCUGACCCAUGGGCGGAAUUUCAUCUGGAGGACAUUGAAACGGAAAACGCAACACGUUACAGAUACAAUGCUGUUACUGGAGAGUGGGUCAAGGAUGAGGUUCUGAUCAAAAUGGCUUCACAGCCUUUUGGCCGUGGAGCAAUGCGGGAAUGCUUCAGAACGAAGAAGUUAUCGAAUUUUUUACACACUCAUAACUGGAAAGGUGCCUUUAACUACGUUGCCAAGAGAUACAUAGAAACCGUCAACAGGGAUGUCUACUUUGAGGACGUGCGACUCCAAAUGGAGGCCAAGCUGUGGGGAGAAGAGUAUAACCGGCACAAGCCCCCCAAGCAGGUGGACAUAGUCCAGACCUGUAUCAUUGAAAUGAAGGACAGAGCUGGCAAGCCUCUGUUCCACCUGGAACAUUACAUCGAGGGCAAAUACAUCAAGUACAACUCAAACUCAGGAUUUGUGCGAGACGACAACAUCCGCCUCACCCCGCAGGCUUUUAGCCAUUUCACAUUCGAACGCUCGGGACACCAGCUGAUUGUCGUUGACAUCCAAGGAGUCGGAGAUCUUUACACAGACCCUCAGAUCCACACAGAGAGUGGCACAGACUUUGGCGAUGGCAACCUAGGUGUGCGAGGGAUGGCCUUGUUUUUUCAUUCUCAUUCCUGCAACAAGAUUUGCAAAAGCAUGGGACUGACACCUUUUGACCUCUCCACCAAAGAGAAAGAUGCCUUAUUUCGAAGUAAUAAAUUGCUUGAAAAUGCUCAGACCGUUCUGCGAGGCACAGAAGAAAAAUGUGGCAGCAGCCGUGUUAGAACCGUCUCUGGCAGCCGGCCUCCUCUGCUUUUCCGUUUGUCCGAAAACUCUGGAGAUGAGAGCAUGAGUGAUGUGGCAUUCGACUCGUUGCCGUCUUCACCUUCAUCAGCGACACCCCACAGCCACAAAACUGAACAUCUUCACUGGCCGGUAUUCAAUGAAGUGGAUAACUUGGUUCAUGAUGGCCUUGACAAUCAACGGGACUCCGAAAAUGGAGGUGACAGUGGAUACCCCAGCGAAAAGAGGAGUGAACAAGAAGACAUGGAUCACCGAGAAAAAGGGCAUUCCAAUUGCAACCGAAGACAUGAUUCUGAUGAAGACAGUUUGGGCAGUUCUGCAAGGGUCAGUGUGGAGAAAUGGAAUCUCUACAACGCUUCCAGAGUUCACAUUCACAGACCCUCCUGUGUGGCGGUGGAAGUGCAGAGACUCAAUGCCUUGGAGCUUGAGAAGAAAAUUGGGAAGUCCAUCCUUGGGAAGGUGCACUUGGCCAUGGUUCGUUAUCACGAAGCGGGCCGUUUCUGUGAGAAAGACCAGGAGUGGGACGAGGAAUCUGCCAUUUUUCACCUGGAGCAUGCAGCUGACUGUGGAGAGCUGGAAGCCAUUGUUGGCUUAGGGCUCAUGUACUCCCAGCUGCCCCAUCACAUUCUCUCUGAGGUCACACUAGAGGACAUCAAGGAAAAUAGAACCAAAGGGUUUGAUUAUUUAUGCAGAGCUUCAGAAGCAGGAGACCGUCCUUCCAUGAUCCUUGUUGCUAGAGCGUUUGAUACAGGCAUGAACCUUCCUCCUGACAGAUGCCAGGACUGGAAGGAAGCCGUACAUUGGUACAAUUCGGCAUUGAACAUGACAGAUUACGAUGAAGGAGGGGAAUACGAUGGGACCCAGGAUGAGCCCCGGUAUCUACUCCUGGCAAGGGAAGCCGAGAUGUUGAUGACUGGAGGGUUUCAUCUAGACAAGGACCCACAGAGAUCAGGUGAGCUGUUUACUGAAGCUGCAGAAGCUGCUAUGCAAGCCAUGAAGGGGAGAUUGGCCAACCAGUACUACCAGAAAGCAGAAGAGGCCUGGGCCAUGAUGGAGGAAUGAAACUUGAACCAAGGCUGUUUCCGUGUGUGUGUGUGUGUGCGCGCGCAUAUCAGUAUAGAUGCUUUUUAAAAAGACUCUUCUUUUGUGCAAGGUGCACGGGGGGUGGGAGGAAAUUAAAAAAAAAUGUUUUUUUAUGUGGUGUUAACUGAUAAUUGUGUUUUUCAUAUGACGAUUUUUCUAACUCUGUUGGAACAGAAAUACGAAGCAGGAGCGGUGAAAUGUACUGUUACUGACAUUCAGAGAUGCAAUAUCAGUUGCUGUUGAUAAUUUUGUACAAAUAGUCCAACCAGGGAAGCCUGUCUCUUCAUUUGGAAGAAAUAAAGCAGACGUUCACUUUUAUGGUAGGCGCAAUAGAAAGUUGCUUCAUGUUUUA